GGCGGCUGAGGCGGCGGGCGAGCGGCGGGCGGGCGGCUCCUCAGGGCGGCGGCGGCGGCGGCUGCUGUCGCUGUCGCUGUCGCUGUCGCUGUGCAUGGCGGGCCUGGGCCGGUGAGGCGAGGCGAGGCGAGGCGAGGCGAGGCGAGGCCGCGACCCUCGGUCCCUGCGUCCGUCGUGCGCCCGUCCCUCCGGCCAUGGGCUCCCCGGCGACGGCGGCGGCGGCGGCCGACUCGGCGCAGUGGCUGUCGGUGAAGGAGGAGACCAUCUUCCUGCACGACGGGCUCAUCCGCGUCACCGACCUGGCCGAGCUGCCCGGGGAGGUGCUCGGCGCCGCCGACGCCGCCGACACCGACCUGGAGAUCUUAACAUUUGAAACCAAGAACCCGACGGAAUUAGCAGAACGUCUGCGGUCCGUGUGUGGCAACCAGAGCAACGCCUAUGCCCGCCUGCUGGAGUACCGCCUGAACGCUUUGCGAGGACUGUGGAAUGCCCAGCGCCAGCUGGCCUUGGAAGAACAGCAUGAGAGGGAGAGCUCGGGCGACGAAGAAACUUUGGCGCUGCUCAAGCGCCAGGGCUUGUUGCAGCAGCCCGAGCAAGCUCCCUUCACCUCCCGGAUGGGGCUCCUGCUCGUCUUCCCCCUCAUCCAGUCCCAGAGUCGAACAGACCCCACCCUCUGUAACAUAACUGCCGAGGUGCUACUCAGCUGCCUUCGAGACUGCCAGCCCCUGAGCUUGACCAAGGAGCCCUCGGACUGUCUCAAUGGAAUCGAAGCGCUGCUGUGCUCGUGGCUGGAGGAGACGUCGGACACGGGCCAGCACAUCCCGCAUAAGCAAAAAGAAAAUGCUGCUGCUGCCCUGGUGGCGUUGGCAUGUGCCAGGGGAUCGUUGAAAACUUUUGUCCACACUGUUCAUCUGUUGCAGAAACAGACUGAUUUAGGGUCUCUGCCUGUAGCCGAUAUACUCUAUAGGCUCUUGCUGUUGGAGGGGGGCCCUGGGUCCCCCUCCUGUUUGCUCGGUGGCAAACACAUAGUAUCAUGGGGGUAUGAAGACAUGUUGCCUGCACCAGAUAGCAACACUGGCUCCAGUUCUGAAAACAAAGAUGCUGACUUGGGACGCUGUCUCACAGCAGACGGUCUUUAUCUGUAUACUACUAACUCCGUUGGAAGAGGAGUAAGCAAAUUGGGGUCCGGAUUACAUGGUACUCUCAGAGGCUUUGUGUACUGUCGGAACGAGGAACUGGAGCCAGGCUGGGUGGCUUUCGGCAGCGGUUGUCUUCUGCACCGGCCUGUUUCUUUUGAUAAUAAACCUCACUCCCUUUUCCAGGUCAUUGACCAGAACACCCUUCAGGUGUGCCAGGUGGUGCCAAUGCCCGCCAAUCACCUCCCCGUGGGCAGUACCAUGAGCACAGUGCACCUUUCUUCUGAUGGCACCUAUUUCUACUGGAUCUGGUCUCCUGCCAGCUUGAACGAGAAGACCCCCAAGGGCCAUUCUGUCUUCAUGGACAUUUUUGAACUUGUGGUUGAAAAUGGUGUCUUUGUCGCCAGCCCACUUCAGGAACGCACGAUUCUUAUGAGAAAAGAGGGCGAGUCCGCAAAAAGCAUCAACGAGAUGCUUCUAAGCAGACUCUCACGGUACAGAGCCUCUCCGUCUGCCACGCUGGCUGCCCUCACAGGCUCUACCAUCUCAAACACCCUGAAGGAGGACCAAGCAGCGAAUACCAGCUGUGGGCUCCCUCUGAAGAUGCUCCGGAAGACACCCAUAUACACUUGUGGUACUUACUUGGUCAUGUUGGUCCCACCUCCUGGGGGCUCAGGCAGCUCUGCCACCCGUUCUCUUUUCGGCGGAACAAGUGGUUUGUCGUCUUUAAAAAUCCUAGCCUCAAGUUUGGUAUAUAAUAUUUCGGAUGGCCAGUUUACGAGUCGUGCAGAUCUCAUAGAUGCUGCUGGAAGCUCACUGGGGCGCGGUGCUCUUGUUCCUGGAUUAGGCGCCUGUUAUGAUACUGUGAACAACAUGCUGUGGACAUGUUCAAAUGACUAUAUCGAUCAGUGGUGUAAUCCUGGCAAUCAGGCUUUCCAUUAUGUCUGUCAGAGGCUUGGGGUCAGCCAUAUCAUCACUGAGCCAAAAGACGAGGCUAUAACCACAAAUGAGGUUAUAAACCAAUUAUUGCACCACGUUGGUGCGAUGUGCAUUCACCAACUCAAUCUUCUCGCCACGAACCCCAACCUUCCAAUCACAAGCGUGUUGGGCAAGCAGCACCCUAUUGAAGCACACCAUCUUAGCAGUAUUUGUGACAUCAUGGAGAAGGCCAUGGUGAAUGGAGAUACCUGUAUUAUACGCUGCAUUCUCGUCGUGUUUCAGGUGGUAUUUAAAUUUUUCUUCAGCCCUCAAACCGAAAGGAAUCGAGACAUCAUCCGGCGGUCAGGAUUGCUUCUUUGGCAGCUGUUGAUGGCUCCAAAAGAUCAAAUCUGCCAUGAAAUUCAGAAAGAAGUCUGCCUUGCCAUUAGCUCUGGUUUAAAUAUCUUGUACCCAGGUGAAACUGAAAUUAAUAACUUACUAAAGCUGGUUUUAACAGAAGGCGAGAGAAACAGCGGCCUUUCCCAGCUGAGAGACGUGAUCUUAACUAAUUUAGCUGAACAGCUUCAAAACAACCGGUUCGGCAGUGAGGACGACGAUCAUUACAGAUUGAAUGACGAACUUCUACACUAUAUUCUGAAGAUCGUUGUCAGAGAAUCGUGUAUCUUAAUCACUAAGUGCCAAACUGUCUCUAAGGAUGAUUUUCAAAAACUCCUUUCAACUGUGCCUGCCGCCUCUUCCUGCCUGCGCUAUCUGAUGGCAGUUCAGAACCACCUUCUCAGUAACACUAUUUUGAUUAAGCCCGACGAGAGCGAUGACAGUGACAACUCCCUGCAGGGAGAGACAUUGAAGGUACAGGAGCUAAAGGUCAGUAUUUUGGCUCUGGCCACCCAAAUCCUGACUGGAUGUGAUGAAGUGUUGGAAAUGCUACAGCAGGUCACAACUGCCCUUAUAAACAGUGACAUAGCUGAUCGUGAGCAGAGGUUGAAAGGCUUGGAACAAGUUACUAAAGCUACUAUGCUUGGUCACCUUCUUCCGGUUUUACUGACAUCCCUGAUGCAUCCCAACUUGCAGACUCUGAUCAUGGCUGAUGCCCUGAUGCCUCAGCUGGUGCAGUUGGUGCUCUACACCAGUCAGACGGCCUUGCUGCUUAAAACCCAGUGUCCGAUUUUUGCUGAUCUGGGCUGUUCUCCAUGUGGCACAGCCGACCAGAAGGGCAGGCUACUCCCUGACGAGAGAAUGCUGGAAGAGAAGGAAGAGCCAGGCUUUCUCACGGGGCUAAAGAUUCCUGCUCCCUGGGCUGCUGGGAAGACCGUGGAGACAGUUCAUCCAGUCAGAGACAACUAUAAAUUCAAGGAGACAGUCCACAUCCCCGGAGCGCGCUGCCUGUACCUUAGAUUCGAUAGCAGAUGCUCUUCGCAGUAUGACUACGACAAAUUGGUGAUAUACGCGGGGCCUAACACAAACAGUAGGAAGGUUGCUGAAUAUGGAGGCAAUACGCUGGGAUAUGGCAGCCGUAGUGUCUUAGGAACUGGUUGGCCGAAAGACUUGGUGAAGGUGGAAGGAGAUACAGUCACCUUCUCCUUUGAAAUGAGGAGUGGCCGUGAACACAACACUCCUGACAAAGCUAUGUGGGGCUUUGCUUGCACAGUUCGCGCUCAGGAGUCUUCGGAGGAUGUCUCGGGAGGCUUGCCCUUCCUGGUAGACCUGGCUCUAGGUCUGUCUGUGUUAGCUUGUUCCAUGUUAAGAAUCCUCUACAAUGGACCAGAAGUGACUAAAGAAGAAGAAGCCUGUCAGGAAUUAUUACGCUCCAAACUUUUACAAAGGUGCCAGUGGCAGGUGGAAGCCAACGGCGUGAUCUCCCCGGCCCUGACUCCCAGCCCAUCCCCACUGCCGCUGACCAUCGAGGAGGACCGGGAGUUCACCUACCCCUCCGAUGUCCUAGUGCCUCCCAUCGGGAACUACUUUGAUCUGCCCCGGAUCCGGCUUCCUCCAGGAAUCAUGAUAAAGCUCAGAGAAAUUUCUGGGCGAGCUAGACCUCAGUUUAGACCAAGUAUAAAAGAAGUAAUCCAGCCAGAUGUGAUGGAAGAGAUGGUGGUAUCAUGUGUUAUUAAGCACUUGAACUUGGUUGAUGCACUACAGUCCCUAAUAAACUUUCAGUAUCAGGAGGAACAUGCUGAGGAAUAUGAUUUAUUAUGUAAAAUUAUGGGAGAGACCUUUAAGAAGCUCAAUGCCAUGGAGAGACAGCUGCAGAGUGUUGCGGAAUUGGAACAGAAAUGGCAAAGUGAGGUUGAUGAGGCCAUGCAGGGGAAACUGGAGAACAACACGCCUUUCUUCUCAGAUUACCAUUUUAAUGAGAACAAAAUGAAAGAACUAGAACUUUUGUGUUCAAUGAAGGAAGUCUCCUUUGAUGGAAAUGAUCUUGAAAACAUGGUCCUAUCAUUGAGGGAGAAGUUCCUCCAGGAAGUGAAUUCUCUGACUCAGAAACCUUCACACCCACUGGGGAAAACGAAGACAUUAGUGAAGAGUUUAAUGAACCGAGCUGAGCUCUUGCUGCAUGUCACCAUCGCGGCCCAGUCUGGCCUUACCAGAAGCAUCUCCGGGACCCCAGCAGAAACGCCUGCGUGUAAAUCAGCUUCGGAAACUAAAGUGAUCUCCCAUGCUGUGCGGCAGCCUGUCUUUCUCCGCAGCAUGUCCGCUCCUUCCGACCUAGAAAUGAUUGGUAAUGAAGAUUUGGAAUUUACCAGAACCAACCAGAGGCGGCGCCACGUGACCAGCCACCGCAGCAGCUCCUUUACGCUUCUGCAGUCACUGGCCAUUGAGGACAGCAGAGACAAGCCCACGUACAGUGUCCUCCUGGGACAGCUGUUCGCCUUCAUCGGCACCAACCCUGACCAAGCUGUGUCCAGCAGCAGCUUCCUUCUGGCGGCCCAGACAAGGUGGCGGCGAGGAAACACCCGAAAGCAAGCACUGGUGCACAUGCGGGAGCUGCUAACGGCGGCCGUGAGGGUCGGGGGAGUGACACAUCUCGUGGGUCCAGUCACUAUGGUCCUUCAGGGAGGACCCAGAAUUGAAGAGCUGACUUGUGGUGGGAUGGUCGAGCAAGUCCAGGAAGCCUUCGGCGAGACCAUGACCUCUGUGGUGUCUUUGUGCGCUCGUUACCCUAUUGCCUGUGCGAAUAGCAUCGGACUUCUGUGCACCAUCCCAUACACCAGGAGUGAAGAAAAAUGCCUGGUACGAAGUGGCCUCGUUCAGCUCAUGGAUAGACUGUGUAGCUUGAGCAGCCAGACCGAGUCCAGCUCCAGUGAAAAGCAAACCAAGAAGCAGAAGGUGGCGACCAUGGCCUGGGCAGCCUUCCAGGUGCUUGCCAAUCGCUGCGUGGAGUGGGAAAAAGAAGAAGGUGGCUCCACCGAGGCCGUGCACUCGGGCCUGGCCCGCCAGGUGUCCAGCCUUCUCACUAACCACCUGGCCCGAGCCACCGAGUGCUGCGGCAACCAGGCGGCCGGGAACGAUGCCCUCCAGGAUGUGCUGAGUCUGCUCAACGACCUCUCCAGGAGUCACAUUGGAAAGGCCAUCCUGAGCCAGCCUGCUUGCGUGUCCAAACUGCUGUCCCUGCUGCUGGACCAGCGGCCAUCCCCGAAGCUGGUGCUCAUCAUCCUGCAGCUGUGCCGAGCCGCACUCCCACUGAUGAGUGUGGAGGACUGUGGGAAUGUGGAGCUGCCGCCCUGGAGCUACUCAGUCCCUUCCUUGAAUAGCGAGCCCGAGGAUCCCAGCGACCCCGCCUCCAAGAUUGCCUCGCUGCUCUUAGCUAAGCUGGCUGAUUACGUUGUCCCCGGAUGUCAGACAGUCCUUUCUCCCACCGCUUCUGAACCUGACACCACAUUGACCAAAUCCAGCCCCAAAAAUUCCUUAAAAGGAGAUAAAGAUCCCGGGGAAGAAAGUGAAGCGGUGGACGGCAAGCUCUCCAUCUUCAUUCACAAGCGGGAAGACCAGUCCUCCCACGAAGUUCUCCAACCACUGCUAAGUAGCUCAGAAGGACGGCCUUUCCGGUUAGGUACUGGUGCCAACAUGGAAAAAGUUGUGAAGAUGGAUCGUGACAUGACCAAGGGAGGCUGCUGUGAGGUGAUCACUGAAGAAGCCACAGCUGCUCUUCGGAAAGCAACCAAGUGGGCACAGUCAGGCCUCAUUGUCAGUGUUGGGCCGCCAGUGGAAUCAGUCAACCCAGAGACUGCAAGUGGCCUCUCUACUGGAGACAAGAAGAAAACUGCCCAAACCUCCAUUUGCCGAGAGAGAAACUCAGAACUUGCAAGGACCGACCCUGUGCGACCAUUCAUCAGCGGGCAUGUGGCAAACAGCAUGGCUGCAGAAGUGAUUGCCUUGCUCCACAGCUUGCUAAUGGCUCCUGAGUCAAAUGCUGCUCAAAUAUGGACCACCACCGCGGAAAAGGUUCUGUCUCGUGCCCUGAUGUACAUUCCACAGUUGGGGAAAUAUGCAGAAAGCAUUCUCGAGAAUGGGAGCAGCAGUGGUAGGAAGCUUGCCAAACUUCAGCGGAUUGCCCGCCAGGCUGUGGCUGCACUGUGUGCACUUGGAGGCUUCAAAGAGACCAUCAAGAUAGGGUCUGAGGUUCAGGUUCUGGGGAGAGGAAUCUCAGGAAGCAUCGGAGUCGUGGCGUCUAUCAAUGAACAGGAAGGUAUAGCUACAGUCAGAUUCCCACCCAUAGACUGUAGAAAGACUUCGCAAGCUUCAGACACAUUGACUAUUCCAUUGUCUAGACUUUGUGUUCCAAGAUCCGAGGCACUGCCUCUUCAUAAACUGUCCAUUACUGAGAAGGUAGUACAGGCAGUCCAGUCCAUGUUGCUCCCUCAGGAGGGAAGUCUCUCUAUUCAUACCUCACUUCCUGCAACAGGAGAUGGGUCAGCUCCUGUGAUGGCAGUUGUGCGGCUCCUGGCUGAGAUCAGAACAAGAGCAUGCCUGGUCAUGGCCCAACUUCUGGAAGACAGCCUGUUUUGUGAAGAAUUCAUACAGCAGUGCCCAGCAGCUAUCGAAGUCCUCAACCUCGUGGCCCAGGACUGCAGUGCUGGAGAGCGGCUGGCAGUCGUGGAGGUGCAGUGUGAACGGCUGAGGAUGCUGUACCGGGACUGUGCUCGCCCCCCACCACCACCUCUGCAGGCUGACCGGAGACAACCCAAAGAGAUCACUUGGAGCCCCUCCCGAGUGUUCCCGCCUGUCCGAGCCUGCAUGUUCUCGUCACACCUCACUUCUGUCACCUUCCUGGCAGACCCCAGUGCAGGGGGCGGUCUUCCCCGGGGCACGUUCAUCUACGCCACCUCACCACUGCCAGUGCAGGCUCCCUCCUUUUACUGGGAAAUCGAGAUUGUUUCCUAUGGAGAUACCGAUGAUGACACUGGACCCAUCGUUUCCUUUGGCUUUGCGACCGAAGCAGAGAAGCGGGAUGGAGCCUGGACUAAUCCAGUGGGCACUUGUCUUUUCCAUAACAAUGGCCGAGCUGUGCAUUACAAUGGCUCCAGUUUGUUGCAGUGGAAGAGCGUGCGAUUGGAUGUGACUCUCUCUCCUGGUGAUGUGGCGGGGAUUGGCUGGGAGAGAAGCGAGGGCACCCCACCUCCUCCAGGGCAGCCACCCAAAGGCCGGGUGUACUUCACAUAUUGUGGUCAGCGCCUUGCACCCUAUCUCGAAGAUGUCUCCGGUGGGAUGUGGCCAGUGGUUCACAUUCAGAAAAAGAACACCAAGACUCGGGCAAAUUUUGGUUCUCGCCCCUUUGCGUAUGCUGAAGGGCAGGCCCACCGCAAUGCUGCCGACCUGUGCACAGACCUGGCUGAGGAGAUAAGCGCUAACUUUGAGGCCUUGCCCUUUGCCAUGGCAUCUGACAGUGACAACGAUGCUGGCACCAGUAUUGCCUCAGACCCAGGCACUCAUGGACCCCCGUGCCGGAUUGCUGCCGUGGCCACCGCUCAGCAACAGUAUGACAGCGACACUUCCUGCCACUAUAAAGUGGAGCUCAGCUACGAGAACUUCAUCACCUCUGGGCCAGACCCCCACCCGCCUCCCAUUGCAGAUGACGAAAGCGAUGACGAUGACGAUGAUGACAUUCCACAGGAAGACCACUAUGCCCUGCUAGUGAAGGCAUGGGAAACCAAGGUCUUUCCGACCAUCCGAAGACGCUUCCGCAAUGAAGCUGAGCGCAAGUCCGGCCUAGACCAGAUAAAGGGCGCCUUACAGCUGGGCAUGGUGGACAUUGCACGACAGACGGUCGAAUUCCUCUAUGAAGAGAAUGGCGGAAUCCCGAGAGACCUUUAUCUCCCCACCAUUGAGGAUAUUAAAGAUGAAGCAAACAAGUUCACAAUUGACAAAGUUCGAAAAGGCCUCACCGUUGUGACCCGCUCUCCAGAUAGCAAUAAUGUGGCCAGCAGUACUGUUGGAACUGCUCUGCCCAAAUUUGCCAUCCGAGGAAUGCUGAAAACAUUUGGACUCCAUGGAGUUGUCUUAGAUGUGGAUUCAGUAAAUGAAUUGGUACAGGUAGAAACAUACCUUCGAAGCGAAGGUGUGCUGGUUCGAUACUGGUAUCCCAUUGAUAUGUUGGAAAGGCCUCCGGCAGGCUACCGAAGGACGGCCACCAAUGGCCUGGUCACGCUGGACAACACCAACCUUCAGAUUCACAGGGAGCUGCUACGAUGUGAGGCGGCGCUGGCCAGGCUCUACUGCCGAGUGGCCCUGCUCAACAUCUUCGCCCCCAAGCUGCCUCACCUGUUUACUCGCCUCUUCCACAUUCCUGCCAUCCGGGACAUUACCCUGGAACAUCUACAGCUGCUGUCCAACCAGCUUCUCGCUCCUCCCCUGCCAGAUGGUACCAUCAGCUCCAGCUCUAUCCUCCUGGCACAGUCUCUGCAGCAUUGCCCCCACUCCCAGAACUGCUCUGCCACCGACCUCUUCUACCAGGGCAGUUCCCAGACCCUGAGGGAAUGGCUCAAUGUGGCCAUCACACGGACGCUGCAUCAGGGCGAGGAGAGCCUGCUGGAGCUGACGAGGCAGAUCUGCUCCUUCCUGCAGACGGCGCCUGAGCAGUUUCCCUCUGAAGAGUUUCCUAUUUCUGAGUCCAAAGUCAACAUGGAUGUUAAUUUUCCCGGGGCAGCUUUUGUUGUUGUGUCCUGUAAAGAAAGUCAGUCUGGCUUCCGUAAAGACUCCUCUCUGUACAAGGCACCCUGGGCACGGGUACUUGUGUAUGGGCUUGGCCACAAGGUGAAGCGAAACGGGCAGCUGAACCUCAUCGAGGCCGUCUGUUACCCCAGGGAUGCUUCUCCGGCCAACACUGGGCUCACACCUCCCCCCACUGCCAACCAGUACCCCUCCGUCAUCCUCUCUGCAGACAAAGUCCACAUCAAGCUAGGGGUGUCCCCCCCUCCUGGUGCUGUGCUGGUGCUGCAUUCUCUGCCCCUGGAGUUCCCUCUUGCCAUGGCCUUUGCGGAGCAGCUGCUGUCAUGGAAAGCAGAGGAAGGUGAAGGGAAAUCUGAGGACGAACCUGACACUAUCCCUACAUCGGUCCUUCUACAAGUGGUGGAGCUGCUCGGAAACUUCCUGUGGACCACAGACAUGGCGGCCUGUGUGAAGGAACUAGUUUUCCACCUCCUGGCUGAACUACUGCGCACGGUGCAUGCCCUGGAGCAGCGAAAGCACCCUGUGGGCCUGUCCUCGUCCAUCGCCCUCCAGCUGAACCCCUGCCUGGCCAUGCUUAUGGCCCUGCAGUCUGAGCUGCACAAGCUGUAUGAUGAGGAGACACAGAGCUGGGUCUCGGGAAGUGCCGCCCCUGACCAGGGCAGGUUCUCUGUGUACUUCCACGCCCUCAUGGAGGGCUGCCUGGCAGUGGCCGAGGUCACCUUGCCCACCAACAUGAGUGUCUCGGCCAGUGGGGUGACGACGACCCCCACCCCCAACCUCAGCGACUCAUCUUCCUCCUCAUCCUCUUCCCCGGGACAGACGCCACAGAGCCCCAGCCUCCUGUCCAAAAGGAAAAAGGUCAAGAUGAAGCGGGAGAAGGCCUCGUCCUCGGGGAAGCGCCAGUCCUCCCGCUCUGCGGACUCCGAUCCCGCUGUGCUCAGCAUCGGGGGCAGCAAGCCCGAAGACAUGCUCUGGUUCCACCGAGCACUCACCUUGCUCAUCAUCCUUAGGCACCUCACCCGAAAGGACCCACAAGGGCUGGGCGUGACGAGCGACGCCAUUGCCGAUGCCUGCCAGGCCCUGGUCGGCCCCACGGCCCACAGCCGCUUGCUGGUCAUCUCCGGGAUCCCCACCCACCUGGAAGAGGGUGUUGUCAGGGGGGCCAUCCGCAAGGCCUGCAGUGCCCAUGGAGGGGUCUUUAAGGACGAGAUCUACAUUCCCUUACAGGACGAGGACCCCAAGAAGUCAAAAGACAAGGCGGAGAGCAGCGAUGGGAAAGGUGAGCCGGAGAAGGCCCUGGGCUUCCCUGCCUCGGACAGUUUGGAGGUCAGCACGUCCAGCAGCCUGGCCCCUGCCAUGAGCAUCAGCGCGUCUGCUUCCACAAGCCAGGCAUCUCUCUGUAGCUCGCAGGGCAUCUCGCAGACGGUCAGCGACCUCUCGGUGGAGCCGCUGCCCGCUGGCCUGGAGCUGCCCGUCCCUGCUGGGCUACUGGAGCCCCACGGAAUCUCCAGCCAGGAGAGUCUGGACAUUUCGCUAUGUAGUACCGGCAGCCUGGGGAGCCUGGGCAGUCUCGCGGAGCCACUGGACAACGCAGAGAUGGCCUCCGUUUCGGACAUGGGCUCCAUGUACACAGUCACGUCUCUGGACAACCAGCCCCUCACCACGCGCCCCAUCAAGGGCUUUGCAGUUGUGGAGAUACGGUCCCGAGCCAAAAUUGAGAAGAUCCGAGCAAGCCUCUUCAACAACAACGACUUAAUUGGCCUGUCAAGUUUGGACGGCGAAGAUGAGCUGAUGGAAAUGUCGACAGAGGAGAUCCUCACCGUGUCUGUGGUGAACCAGAGCUUGUUUGACACUCAGGGGAGCCCAGGGCUGGAAGACUAUUUCAAUGAUAAGUCCAUUAAAGGAGAGAAGCUGGUGCCCGGGGCCAGAGAAGUGCUGACAGAGAUAUUUAAGAGCUGUGCCCACUCGGAGCAGACGCUGAGCCUGACGCCAGCGAAGCCCAUCAAAGUCUCAGACAUUUACCUGAGCAAAGAGCAGAUCAACUCUCAGACGCCAGGCAACCUCCUCCACCUCUUCUUCACCAACGUCCGGCCUCCCAAGAAGGUGCUGGAGGACCAGCUGACACAGAUCCUGAGGAAGUACGGCGUGCCGAAGCCCAAGUUCGACAAGAGCAAGUACAGCAAGGCGGGGAAGGAGCAGCAUGCUGUGAAGGUGGUGAGCACCAAACGGCCCAUCACCAAGCCGCCCGCCAAGGACAAGGCCGUGCUCAGCACUGUCAGCAGGACAGCCUUGAGUGAGAAGAAGCCCACUGUGAAGCCCAAGUCCCCAGAAAAGAGCAAGCCAGAUGAGAAGGACCCAGAAAAGUCACCCACCAAAAAACAAGAAGUCCCUGAGGAGAAGUACCUGACCCUGGAGGGGUUUCACAAGUUUGUCGUCGACCGUGCCAAGCAGGACAUCCGCAGCGUCUGGAGAGCAAUUCUCUCCUGCGGUUACGAUCUUCAUUUCGAGAGGUGUGCCUGCAUUGACGUGCGCCAUGCCCACAAGGCCUCCAGGAAGUGGAGCCUAGAAAUGGAUGUGGCAUUGGUGCAGUACAUCAACCGGCUGUGCCGCCACCUGGCCAUCACCCCAGCUCGGCUCCACCCCCACGAGGUGUACCUGGACCCUGCUGAUGCCUCCGACCCCAGGGUGGCCUGUCUGCUGAACGUGCCUAUCGAGAGCCUGCGACUGCGCUUUGCCCUGCUCCAGUCCCUCAAUACCACCCUGGAGACCUUCUUCCUGCCGCUGGUGGAGCUGCGCCAGACGCCCAUGUACACACACAGCAUUGCGGCCCUGCUGAAGGAGGCGAAAGGGCUGAUCUUUUAUGACACGAAGGUGGCCGUCAUGAACCGGGUGCUAAAUGCCACCGUGCAGAGGACAGCCGACCACGCCGCCCCUGAGAUCACUCUGGACCCUCUGGAGAUUGUGGGAGGGGAGAUCAGAGCAUCCGAAAACUCCUACUUCUGUCAGGCUGCCCGGCAGCUGGCGUCCGUGCCAUCCUCUCAACUCUGUGUCAAGCUGGCUAGUGGCGGCGACCCCACAUAUGCCUUCAACAUCCGCUUCACGGGCGAGGAGGUGCACGGCACCAGUGGGUCCUUCCGCCACUUCCUGUGGCAGGUGUGCAAAGAGCUACAGAGCUCCUCGCUGUCGCUUCUCUUACUGUGCCCCAGCUCCGCUGUCAACAAGAACAAGGGCAAAUACCUCCUGACCCCGAGCCCCAUCACCUAUGGGGAGGAGCAGCUGCUGCACUUCCUGGGGCAGCUGCUGGGCAUUGCCAUCCGUGCAGACGUGCCGCUGCCCCUAGACCUGCUGCCCUCCUUCUGGAAGACGCUAGUGGGUGAGGCCCUGGACCCUGAGCAGGACCUGCAGGAAGCUGACAUUCUCACCUACAAUUACGUCAAGAAAUUCGAGAGUAUCAGCGACGAGUGCGAGCUGGAGGCGCUGUGCGCUGAGAUCGCGUCCCAGCACCUGGCCUCCGAGAGCCCCGAUGGCCCCAGCCGGCCGAGCUGCAGGUUCACCUACCCUACGAUGACCGGCCAUGAGGUGGAGCUGUGCAGCCGAGGCCGCCACAUCCCCGUGGCCUGGGAGAACAAGGACAUCUACGCGGCGGCCAUCAGGAGCCUGCGGCUGCGGGAGCUCCAGAACACCGAGUGCGUGUCGGCAGUGCGCGCCGGCCUGGGCGCCAUCAUCCCGCUGCAGCUCCUCACCGCGCUGAGCCCGCGAGAGCUGGAACUGCGAACCUGUGGCCUCCCGUCCAUCGACCUCGAGUUCCUCAAGGCCCACACCAUGUACCAGGUGGGACUGAUGGAGACAGACCAGCACAUCGAGUUCUUCUGGGGCGCCCUGGAGAUGUUCACCCAGGAGGAACUGUGCAAGUUCAUCAAGUUUGCCUGCAAUCAGGAGCGCAUCCCCUUCACCUGCCCCUGCAAAGAUGGGGGCCCCGACACUGCCCACGUGCCCCCGUAUCCCAUGAAGAUCGCACCCCCAGAUGGCACAGCAGGCUCCCCGGACUCCCGCUACAUCCGUGUGGAAACCUGCAUGUUCAUGGUCAAGCUCCCCCAGUACUCAUCCCUGGAGAUCAUGCUGGAGAAACUGAGGUCCGCCAUCCACUACCGGGAAGACCCCCUGAGUGGCUGAGGGAGGCCCGAGUCAAGCUGUCACCAAGGCACCAUGCCGCUGGCUAGAGAACCGUGCCACCACCACAGGGUCCUGUGAAGAGUUGGAGUU